CGGCCCGGGCGCUGAAGAUGUCCGAGGUGCGGCCGCCCCCGCUGCGGGCCCUGGACGAUUUCCUGCUGGGCCCCGCGCGCCUGGCGGCCCCGGACCCGCGCGACCCGCAGCGCUGGAGGAACCGGGUCCUCAACAACCUGCUCUACUAUCAGAGCAACUACGGGCUGGGCCUGGGGCUGGCGCUGCUGCUGGGGGGGUACUUCCGGCCCCUGCACACCCUUCUCUCCAGCUCCACGGUGACCCUCGUCUUCGUCGCCUUCGUCUGGGCGGCCGAGAACAAGGCCCCGAUCCGGCGCUUCCGGCGCAGCUACCCCGGCGCCAGCCUCCUGGCCGUGCUGGGGAGCGCCUAUGGCCUGGUGUCUCUCUUGGGGGGCUCAGAGGUCUUCCUGCUAACAGUCGCCCUGCCCAUCUCCAUGAUUCUCAUCCACGCCUCCGUUCGCCUCCGGAACCUCAAGAAUAAAAUCGAGAACAAGAUCGAGAGCAUUGGGCUGAAGAGGACGCCCAUGGGGCUACUGCUGGAGGCGAUGGGCCAGGAACAAGAAGCUGGCUCUUAAGGAGAGAGACGGACACCCCUCACCGCCGUCCUUCCCACCAGCCCCUCACCGUUGCCUCAGGCCUGCGCUUCGCUACUCUCCUACAUGCCCGCCUGCACUACCGUGAAGAUGCAGCUUCCCCCUGAGUCGAGUCAGGGCCUUGAGUUUGGACUAGGGGAGGGGAUGAGCUACAGCUAACCUGUGGAACUACCUGCCACAUGAUUUGACCCAGAGGUCCGGAGAGCUUAACAGAAGGAGGAGCUGUAGUUAAUCUGUGGAACUACCCUCCACCUGAUUUGGCACAGGGGAGAAUGGCCUGUGGUUAACCUGUGGCACUACUGCCACCACAUGAUUUGACCCAGGAGCCCAGUGAGGGGCUGAGAGCUGGAUAACCAUUUGCAUGACCACAUGUUUUGAGCCAGGAGCAUGGGGAAUUCAGCAGAGGAGAGUGGGGUGGGGGGGUUAACCUGUGGAACUACCUGCCACAUGAUUUGACCCAGGGACCAACCCCCUAGGUCUGUUUAUGUAGGCCCUACCUAAAUACCUUGUUUAUUCGGCAACAAAAGAAACAAGGGGCUGUAACACUGGGAGUGGUGGGGCAGUGGGAAGGGGUGUAUUCAAGGGAGCACUGAGGAUUCAGUGGGAUGCUGUAUCUGGCGCUGAGUAUUUAUCCACAACUCCUCCUAUUUAUUUGAGGAGCAAAUUAUUCUAAUAAACUUCUGUGCCAGUUCUUGCUAUAAA